AGUGUGCAGUCACAUGACUCAGGAUCCGCACGGCUCUGCUGUAGAGCUGCUGUAUGAGAGAGCUGCUGUUUUAACAUAGGGAGGAGAAUGGCGGGAUUAGAAGAAGACGAGAGGCUUUUAGAUGAAAAUAAUCAUGAGGGGAGAAACACAAGGCGGAUGCAUCCUCUGCUGGACCCGAGCCACCUGCUGCACCGGAUCUUGGUCCUGAUGUUUAUGUGUUUUUUAGGUUUCGGUAGCUACUUCUGCUAUGACAAUCCAGCAGCUCUUCAGAAACAAGUCAUACAGGAUAUGGGACUAAACACCUCCAGCUUUAUGCAGCUUUAUGCCUGGUACUCAUGGCCCAAUGUAGUCCUCUGUUUUCUGGGAGGCUUUCUACUGGACAGAGUUUUUGGCAUCAGGCUGGGGACAAUAAUCUUUUCACUCUUUGUCUGUGUUGGACAGGUUAUAUUUGCUUUAGGUGCAUUGGUCAACCAUUUCUGGCUAAUGAACAUGGGCCGUUUUGUUUUUGGGAUCGGUGGAGAGUCACUAGCUGUUGCACAGAACACAUAUGCAGUGAACUGGUUCAAAGGGAAGGAGCUGAACCUGGUGUUUGGCCUGCAACUCAGCAUGGCUAGAGUGGGCAGUACAGUCAACAUGAACAGUAUGGGUGCUGUAUACGAUUCCAUGAAGACUGCUUUGGGCCAGACAGGCCACUUCACAUUAGGGGCUGCACUUAUGAUCGCCGGCUCGACGUGUGUGUUCUCGCUGCUGUGUGCACUGAUGUUGGGCUACCUUGACAGGCGAGCAGAGAGGAUCCUCAACAAAGAGCAAGGAAAGACUGGGGAAGUUAUCAGGCUGACGGAUGUGAAGGACUUCCCUCUCCAGCUAUGGCUAAUUUUCAUCAUCUGUGUUGGAUACUACGUUGCCAUCUUUCCCUUUAUUGGCCUGGGGCAGGUCUUCUUCAUUGAAAAGUUCAACUUCACCCCAACCCAGGCAAGAGCAGUCAACAGCAUUGUGUACAUCAUGUCUGCUCCUGCCUCGCCAUUACUGGGUUUGAUGGUGGAUAAAACUGGCAAGAACAUUAUUUGGGUUCUGGUUGCUGUCGUCACCACACUGAUCUCUCACAUGAUGCUGGCUUUCACCUUCUGGAACCCCUGGAUUGCUAUGGUUAUCUUGGGUCUGUCCUAUUCGCUGCUGGCCUGUGCUCUCUGGCCAAUGGUGGCUUUUGUAGUGCCAGAGCACCAGCUGGGCACAGCAUAUGGAUUUAUGCAGUCCAUCCAGAAUCUGGGAUUGGCACUAAUUUCCAUGGCAGCUGGAGCCAUUCUUGACAGCAAAGGUUAUCUGCUGUUGGAGGUCUUCUUCUGUGCUUGCAUAUGCUUGGCUCUGAUAGCAGUGGUGGUGCUGUACUUCGUGGACUAUCUACGCUGUGGAGAGCUGAAUCUUUCUGCGGCAGCCCGGGCCAGAUUACAGAAGACCAACUCUUCUGAGUCAGAGUAAAGGCUGUUCAGUCUGCUGGCUCUACUCAGUCUAGCCUGCUGUGAGCCCUUUCACUGGACAACCUGACCUGUCAAUCACCCACUUGGUGGGAGGGGACCUACCUUUCUGCACAGCUGACUCCUUCUCACUACACUGGCCACUACUUCCUCUAACUGCACUUCCACUUACAGGCUUCCCAAUGACACAGCAGUGCUAUUGCUCAUCAGCUGCCUCUUCUGUUCAAAAUGAAUUUUUAAUGGACUUCUCCAGCUGUGGUAAUGACAGGGAAAGGAGGGGUACGGUAGGUAGGCUGAGGAGACGAGGCUGCUGUGGCUUUGGCUCCACCUGCAGGCCUCCCCUUAGGCUUACCUGGGGACAGGACUGACCUUUCAAUAGUGCUGAAGUGUUCUGGGCUGGCUGGGAAGAGCAGUGGAUGAUAUCCUGUCACUCUCUCAAUACUGCCUCAGGGUAGCUGGCCAUCAGCUGUUGACACUGAACACACAUCGCUUCUUAUUCCUCCAGCAAGUCAAGUGGGGCCACUUCUUUCCUAUGUACUCUCACACUGGUGAUAUCUUUCCUCAUUGGACAGCUCUUCUACAUCCUUUAACUGGAGUCUGUGAUGUGUGUUUUCUAUGUUGUAACUGAUCAGGUCAGGUCACUGAUCAGUUUUGUUUUAACACCUAAAAUACAUUAAUGUUAAAAAAAAAAAAUAGUUGCACCCAGAAAGAAUCAACAGGCAGAAAGGUAACUUGGUGGUGACACUGAAUGGCAUUUUUCCUGCAGGUUAUGAGUCAUGGUGUGGGGUGCAAUUUUUAAAACAAUACCAUAAUUUUUGGUCUUUCUUACACUUUUACAAAAUGAGUUCCUGCAACCAGUGGCCCUUGAUUUUUUUUUUUUUUUUUAAAUGCACACUUCAGAGCUCUAUUCCAACGGGACAAUGUUUGUCCACAUGCUGCUGCUGCUGAUUUAAGAGAUUUUAAGAGCUUUCCUUAAAGACACUGACUCUAUGCCAUGGUCUGCCUUUCAAAUAGCAGUCUAUUAUGACAUAUCCUUCUGGGUGCAACCAUUUUAUUAAUAAUAAGUGUACUAUAAUGGUUCUGUGGCUCUGAGAGAAGCAUUUUUAUUACUGUGCGUUCUUUCCAAAAGCACUCUAGCCUGAUGCCUUAGCUUUUUUACACUUUUCAUUUUUAAUGAAUUCUAACAGGAAAUUUGUUUGUAAUGUUUUUUUUUUUGUUUUUUUUACUUUUAAUAUUUUUUUUAAUGUAAUGUUUUAUAUCUGAUUAGCACCUCUAGAGCACUGACAUUAACAUUUUUGAAACGGGUUUUACUUGUAAUUAUUGUCAGUUAAUUUUAAUGAGUGCAUUGAAGUGAUUCAUCAUGUAAUAUGAUAUCAGACAUUUUGGACAUGUAUAGAAGUGCCAAACAGUUUUUUUUAUUUCCUUACCACAAAAAAUCAAAUGAAGGUGAUUGAUCAUUUUAACCAGAUGCAUGAUAUCAGCCAAGACCAGUUAUGUAUCUGGUUUCUGCUUCUUUAAUUUGAUCUUCAGACUAUUUAUUGGUUAUUAACAUUUUUAGCCUAGCAUCUCCUGUUGGCAGAGCAAUUGUAUUUGGCUGUCAGUGAUAUCAAAAUAGUCAAAAUAUUGUAUCAAACUAGUCCUUCUAAUAUUCCUUUCUAUAACCAAUGACUGUAAAAAAAUGUGGACAGUGUUGUUCCAUUCGCUUCUAUUCUAUGAAAAUGAAGGCAAAUUUACCUUUAUAAAUUUGCUUUAUUGUCAGAUUUGCAGCUAGAAUCUUCACAGUAUAGACCAGAGGUUGAGCCAGAUUUACCUACUUAUCUGGUGGACCCGGAUAGACUCUUUUAGGCCCUCCCCCUUCUUCCAGAUCCUUCUCCUUUUUCCAGUGUAUCUCAGACUGCCUUCAUUGAGCUUGCAGUACAGAGUUCCACUAUAAUUUUGCUACUCCAAGUAAUGAAGGGACAGAAUGUGAUGCAGGUUCAUCAGAUGACUGAUCUUUUUCAGCUGAGGCUAAAUUCCCCGCCUUCAUUUAAAAUACAUGAUUUAUUUUGGAAAAGAGUAAAAUGUGCCAAUAUUAGCACAGGGAAAACUAAUCACUGAAAUUAGAUUUAGACACUGAAAAAAAACAUUUAGAAGAGAAAAAUCAGAAGAAUCGUGGAAACAGAAGCAAUAAACCAGUAGUUCUUUCAUUUUUAAUAGAUGUCCAUGUUGUCUACAGUCAUUGCCUAUAACAUAAUAGUAACUCCCAUUGCAUUGUACCUUAUUGAGUUAUUGCAUAAUCUAAAAAGCCUAUAAUAAGCAUAUAAUUAUUAAUGAAUAUUAAUUGGAUUCAUCUAAAGGAUCAACUUUACAUAGGAAGUGUUUUCUGAAUUUGUAUGUGCACUUUCCAAAUUCUCAUUUUCUAGUCUGUUUGCUUUGCCAACAUGAAACAAAACUGAUCCUGAAACCUUCUGGUUUCACAGUGUACAUAAACUGUACAUAAACAGAGUACAAAACUCUAAUGCUUUUUCACCACAGUAUCAGAAUGUGACUGCUAGGUUACCACAGAAUUACAUGAACCUUACCAAAGGGGAAAGAUAAAAUGGAGUUUAAUUCCAAAGUAUUAAAUCCUGCAAUAUUAAGGAUUUAUUAGAAAAUAGCUAGUAGAGAUUAUAAACAGCUUACUGGUUUGUUUUUAACGCAUGGUUGUACUCAAGUAUGGUGGACAUUUAAAUAGUACUUGAGUAUUAUUGAAUAUACAGUGGCAUUUAUACAGUGGAAUGCUGUGUUACAUGAAUACAUUCUUUACUCUACCUGUGAUAUAUAUUCCUCUUGCCACCGGCUGCAAUGCAAGCCAAAAACGUGUUUGUUAAAACAGUGUCAAGAAAAAAUCUCGAAAGAGGAACCAAUUAUUGUCUGCACUGGUUUCCAAUAGACACCAGGCUUGAUUCGAUGUUUCUUUGAGGACUUCUGGUUGCUGAGUUUUGUGGUAAAGAUUACAGAUCAGUUGUUCAGUGGUUUUAAAAGAUGCGCUUUUAAGAGGGAUAUCCAGUUAGUGGCUUACAUAUUUUACAAAUAUGCUGUAUGAAUAUGACUCAGAAACAGCAAAGAAAACUAACGCUAGACUGGCUGAGCCAGUGAGGAGUACAGCUCAGGCUGUCAAUAAGUCAAUAACAUCUGCAGCUGUGCACUUGCUUUGUACUAGCUUUGCUAGUUCCAUCUAGUGGUUUAGGAUUGGCUAAAUUAGAGAAAUAAUGAGGAUACUGAUACUUGAUAAAUGAUCUUUCCAUCUUUAGUGAGGAUGUAGGAAAGGCUUUCUACAGAUUACUCUUUUGUGAAGGUCAUACAGUUAUUUUCACAGGUGUUGCUGCACAGUAGAAUAGUGCACCACCUCUACAGAGUUCAUGCAGCUGAUGUCUUUUGUUGGAAAUAAAUGUGUCCUCAUUCAAUGAACCUAUUGAAGCACUUUAAUAAGGCAAAUUUUAGCAUUGUGAGUAAAACUGACCUGUACUUUUAAUUAAAGUUCAUUUUACUGUACCUUUGCCAUCCCUACUAGGUUUAAAGUAAUGCUUGACUGAUAUGAAAAAAAUAAUUUGAACUCUGUCGCUCACUUUGCUGAGUGUUCAGAGGGUGUGUAACAGGAGUGGGUUGCUUUUAAACUCCUCUGUAGUCCCAGUUGGUUUCUCCAAAAGAGCUUUCAUCUCUUAGUCAAGACCUUUUGAUGUGUAAACCAGAUACGGAGGCCGUCUAAUGAGUCUGACUAAAGACUCCUUCUGUUCUGCGUGGAAGGGUGACAUGAUUUCUUCUUCUUAUUUUUUUUUUAAACUCAACAUUGAAGAGUGAAUGAAGUCUAUAUCAAACAUUAAUCUGGAUUUUAAAUCAGGCCUCUGAUAGAGUGUUAGAUCUGGAGUCACGAUCCUGGUUCACACUGAAGAAAGUGCCAUGCGUACUGCAGUCAUUGCCUCAGGGAGAGAUAGCGAGAGUGAGCGAGAGAGUAAGCGAGAGAGAGAGAGUCUUUGUAAUAGUCUUUGUUUAAAAAAAAAUAAAAAAAAAAACGUUUUUUUUUUUUUUUUUUUUUUUUUUUUUUUCUUUUUCUUCCCAGCUCAGAUCUGUUGUAGAGAAAAACUGUUGGUUCAGUUUUGUUAUUUUGGUACAGUAAACACAGGCUUGGGAGAUGAAAUAAUAAAAAAAAUUGA